GUAAUACAUAAAUUUAAGGCAACUACAUGAGAUGCAGAAAGACUGAAUGUAUAUCAGUUGGCUCUCGCUAACAUUUGCUCAACAUGGCAGUGAACUGAACAGUUUUGCAUAAAGCAACAUCUCGUAUCCAUCUCAUCACGGACAUUUCUAUUGAAUUGUUUUAUAAUACCAUCAAACGUUUCUUAAUUUGAACAGCUGUGCAUCUGGCAGACACCUUUAUGCAAAUGGAAACUGAACCUAUGACCUUACCGUUGCUAGCACCAUGCUUUACCAGUUUAGCACCUGUGGGAAACUUGAGAGCAUCUAAUUAGGGGACAGAUUUCAUGUUGUGAAAUGAAAUAUGUGUUCUGACUUUAUCCUGAAAAGGAAGAAGAGCAAUGGCAGAAUCUUUACUAACAUCACCGAAACAUAAACGAAGGAGGAGACACAGUAUGGAAGAACCUCCAAACCUAUCAAGUGGUUCUAUGGCUGAGGAGCUUCAGUGUUCAGUGUGUCUGGAUGUGUUCACUGAUCCAGUCAGCACUCCAUGUGGACACAACUUCUGUAAGAGCUGCCUGAACCAGUGCUGGAACAACAGUCAGGAGUGCAAAUGUCCAUUCUGUAAUGAAACAUUCAGUAAAAGACCCGACCUCAAGAUCAACACAGCACUUAGACAGGUUGUACAACUCUUUCAGGAAAAGCUCACUCUGAGUAAAACUGAAGUUCUCUGUGACAUCUGUGAUGAAAGAAAGCUGAAAGCCCUGAAGUCCUGUCUGGUGUGUCAGACCUCUUACUGUGAAACUCAUCUGGAGCCUCAUCAGAGAGUCCUGAGCUUCAGGAAACACAAACUAAUGGACCCUGUGAAGAAUAUGAAGGACUAUAUUUGUCAGAAACACGAGAGACCUCUGGAGCUGUUCUGUAGAGAUGAUCAGACACGUGUGUGUGUGUUUUGCACUGAUGGAGACCACAAGACUCACAACACUGUUCCUCUAGAGGAGGAGAGUGAAGAGAAGAAGGCUCAGCUGAUGAAACCACAGAAAGACGUGCAGCAGAUGAUCCAGGACAGAAUCAGGAAGAUUCAAGACAUCAAUCACUCAGCAGAACUCAGAAAAAAAAGCACAGAGCGAGAGAAAGCAGCCAGUGUUGAACUCUUCAGUGAUCUGAUGCGCUCCAUUGAGAGAUGUCAGGCUGAGCUGCUGGAGAUGAUGGAGGAGAAGCAGAAAGCAGCAGAGAAACAGGAUGAAAAGCUCAUUCAAGAGCUGCAGCAGGAAAUCACUGAGCUCAAGAUGAGAAACACUGAGCUGGAUCAUCUCUUACACACCGAGGAUCACCUCCAGCUCCUACAGAUUGAUCCAUCCCUGUGCAGCCCUCCACACACCAGGAACUGGCCUGAGAUCAGUAUGAACACUGAUGUGAGUGUGGUGACUCUGAGGAGAGCUCUGACUCAGUUGCAUGAAACUCUAGACGAGAAACUCAGUCAAUAUGUUUUGUGGAGGAUGCAGCAGCAUGCAGUGGUUGUGACUCUGGAUCCUGAUACAGCUUAUCCAAAUCUCAUCCUGUCUGAUGAUAGGAAGCAAGUGAGACAUGGAGACAUUAAUCAUGACUUCCCAGAUAACCCAGAGAGGUUUGAUAAUGGUGCCUGUGUCCUGGGAAAAGAGGGAUUGUCCUCAGGAAGGUUUUAUUUUGAGGUGCAGGUAAUGGGAAAGACUGGCUGGAUUUUAGGAGUGGCCAGAGAAUCUAUUAACAGGAAGGGAAAGAUCACAGUGAGUCCUCAGAAUGGAUACUGGACUGUGGGUCUGUGGAAUGGGAAUGAAUAUUGGGCCUGUGCUGAUCCCUGUAUCCAAUUGUCUCUGAGAGUGAAACCACAGAAGGUGGGGGUGUUUGUGGAUUAUGAGGAGGGUCUGGUCUCUUUUUAUGAUGUGGAGUCCAAAUCUCAUAUCUACUCCUUCACUGGUCAGUCUUUCAUUGAGAAACUCUAUCCUUUCUUCAGUCCAUUUCCUAAUGAUAGAGGUAAAAAUUCAGCACCGAUGAUCAUCUCACCUGUUAAUUACAAUGAAUGA